AUGUCGCACGGUAAUCUCGCUAUACCCGUCGGGUCGCGCGUCCUCGUCACUGGUGCAAACGGCUAUAUCGCAACGCAGAUCAUCGAGCAGCUUCUCCUCCUUGGAUAUGUUGUGAGAGGGACUGUGCGUGCAUUUAAACCAUGGCUUGAUACGUAUUACCAUGAAAAGUUUGGGAAGGAUGCUUUUGAGCAGGUCAUUGUGUCGUCGUUUACGAACAGACAUGAGAUUGACCCUGUGUUGGACGCGGUGGAUGGAAUUAUCCACGUGGCCUCCGAUGUUUCAGGGAGUUCUGACCCGGAGAAAGUCAUUCCGUGGGUCGUACGAGCGACCUUGGAUUUGCUUGAUCUCGCUGCCCAGAAACCAAGUAUUAAGCGGGUGGUGCUUAUCUCUUCAUCGAUGGCAUUGUAUAAUAUUCGCCCGGGUCUUGGACAAGAUACAGUUGAUGAAAAUACAUGGAAUGACCGAGCUGUACAAGCUGCAUGGGACCCUGAAAUCCAGGAUGGCAUUAAAGGCAACGAGGUUUAUGCAGCGGCUAAAACCGAGGCUGAGAGAGAAGCAUAUAAAUGGGUAGAGGAGCAUCAGCCCAAAUUCGUGCUGAAUAGCGUGCUCCCCAGCUGGACGAUUGGCAAAGUACUCUCCCCGGAGAUGUAUGGUUCCACGAUGGGCUUUACACGUUUGGCAUUGAAGGGUGACAAUAUGUUCUUAUCAUUCCUUCCUCAACAUUGGUUCGUUGAUGUAGAAGACAUCGCGCGUCUCUGCGCUGUGGGACUUCUCGAUCCCAGCGUUCAUACCGAGCGACUGUUCGGCUUUGCGGAGAACAUGAGCGGGCAUGAUAUUAUUUCAAUCCUUCAGAAGCUGCGCCCAAGGAAUUCAAAUAUUAGCCAACCCCCUGGGGACGUGAUACGAGACCAAACCACGGUUCUCCCUCGGAAGCGGGCAGAAGACCUGCUGCGGACGUUUUACGGCCAAUCGGGAUGGACGCCUGUCCAAGAUAGCCUGGAGAAGGGCAUCGAUGGAUGGGAGUAG